CUUCUCUGCCACGCCAGCGGACGCCUCCAGCUAUGAGCGACCAAGUGGUUCUGGGCUACACCGCCGCCAUCGUCGCCGUCUUCUUCUACGGAACCUGCUACGUGCCCGCCAAGACCUACGCCACCUACGAUGGCAUCAUUUUCCAGUGGUUUAUGUGUUCGGGCAUCCUGAUGGUGGGCAUCGCCUGGGGUUUACUCAGCAACAAUUGGUCCCAAUACUCCCAUUCCGGCAUGUUCACGUUCCCCGAGGGGUUAUUGGGUGGCGCUUUAUUCGCCAUCGCCAACCUAUUAAUCCCAACUGUGGUCAACACGUUGGGUCUCGGCGUGGGUUUUAUGCUCUGGAACGCCACCAACAUCACGUUGGGUUAUUGCGUCUCUCGUCUGGGUCUUUUCGGCGUAUCACCCACAAUCCCCAACAUGCCAUGGAUCAGUUUGCUGGGCAUCGCCUUCAUGCUCGCGUCGAUCGCAGUCUACGGGACCAUUAAACCCACUUUAAAAGCACCCAAAACAAAAAAAUCCAAGAAAACCAAGACAAAACCCAACGAAAACGCCGAAAACAGCGGCAGCAACGGCAGCCUCGCCAGUUCAGUGGAUGAAAACUCGCCUUUACUGCCGCAAUUCGCAGACGACGCGCAGUUGUCGGACAGUUCUCUUAAUCGACGCGAGUCGCUGCCGCAAGCGCUCAUGCACCCAGAAUUACCCAAUUUUGGCCCUUAUAUGAUGCCCAACGAGUUGGGUGAACACGUCGAAUUAAUCGACGCGGAAGCUGAAAAAACCCGCAAGAUUUUUGGGAUGACGAUUGCUCUGCUGGUGGGGGCAUUUCUAAGCUGCUGCCUCGUGCCGUUCGUCAACUGGAAGGACAGCUGCACGCCGUCGGACCCUGCGCUCAGUGGACCCAUUGUGGAGACGUGCAACCCGCUGAACUUCGUCUUCUCGCAGUGUCUGGGCGUCUACUUGACCAGUACCAUCGUCUUUUUACUGUACUCGGUCUUCCAUCGAUUCGUACUUAAGCGGUCGAUGCCUCGGAGCGUCAUGCGUCCCGCUUAUAUCUGCGGCGUCUUGUGGGGCAUCGGCUUGUGUGGCCAACUCUACGCUAUUGGAGCGUUAGGCUUCGAUCAGAUCUUCCCCAUCUGCUCUAUUGGGCCAGCGAUGGUGUCGAUGUUGUGGUCAGCUGGAUACUUUAAAGAAAUCCAGGGACCGAAAAAUCUACGGACGCUGGCGCUCGGCACGGCGCUCGUGCUGAUCGGCACUGGACUGCGUGUCAUCUCGAUGUAAAAAAAGAGAAUAAAUGACACUUUAAUUGCAUUAAUAAAACCCUAAAAAAAAGUAAA